UUCAAAAGCAAGAAUUUUGCUGCGGGACACAUUCCAGAGCACCACAGGCCGAGGCGAUGAAGUUUCUGCGCGGUAUCGGCGUGAGCCGGAAAACCGGAAACGGAUCCGGCGGACUGUGGCCGAGCGUCUUCAACGUCGCGACUAAAGCUGAGAUCACCACCAACGCAACGUGCGGUCACACCGGAAGACAGGAGUUCUGCAGGAUGGGCGAAGGCGCUUCCGGUAAAGGAAGAUGCGGCGUCUGCGACGGUUUCAGUCCGGAUCCUGGUAAACGUCAUCCCAUCACUAAUGCAAUAGACGACGGACCCAACAAAUGGUGGCAGAGUCCUGCCCUGCACUACGGCAACGAGUAUUCUUAUGUGACCAUCACUCUGGACCUGAAACAAUGGAUUGCUUAUAAAUCCCAGAGGUUGGUGGGUCUUCCUCCUCAUCCUCAUCCUACUCUUCCAUAA